AUGAGGCUGUUGCUGGUUUUGAGUCUGGCCAUUCUGGUUGCCUAUGUGGCGGGUGCUAAUGACACUGCUGCCGAAGACGAAUAUUAUAAUGAUCCCGAUUAUAACGAUGACGGUAGUGAAAAUACUACCGAAUCUUUCGAUGACAGUGAAAACAAUACCGACAAUCCGAAGACCAGUCUAGCAGAGGAUGACAGUGAAACAGACGAAGAUUCAGAUGAUUAUGACACUGCAGCUAGCUCAUCGGAGAGUUCUGAUGACAGUUCCGACACUGAUGGUUCCACAAAAUCAACUUCCUCCAAGGCAAAUAAGUCGAAGAAAAACGCAGCUCGAAAGAACAGACGGCGCAGGCGCACCACUCUGGCUCCAAAACGCAGCUCCACCGCUGCGAAGAAAGCAGCUGCCACGCCAGCCAAGAGGCAAACACCUGUGGCUGCCAAAAGGAACUCCCCUGUGGCCGCCAAGAAGAACACCAAUCGUGCCACCAACAAGCGCAAGCGCUCCGGUUAA